AUGGAGAUGAUAAGAGGAGCAAGGAGGAUACUCAAAACACAAACCAAGGAGGACAUAGAAGAGGUUGAGAGGGUGAGGGAAGAAAGGAGAACCAAAAGAAGGAAUGAUCCUUCAGCAGUGAGAGCGAAGCAAGGAGAGUUUGAAAUUGGAGUGAACAUCCCAAUGAGGAGAAUGAUGACUCCCAAAUGUGGAGUUGGUCCUCAAGAACAUGCACUUGGCCAAGCUCUUCUCUACCACAUGGAAUCCUACAAGGAGCUCACUUGCGAGUUCCUAGCUUCAAUGAGGUACCACAUGUAUGAGGAAGAAGAUAGAGCUGAUUUGGACCAAGGAUUGGGAUGGAUCACGUUCUUGGCUAAGGGAGAGAAGAGAAUGGUGACCUUUAGGCAGCUGGAGAUCUUGUUUGGGUUCAACUAUGGAGAGGGAACCAAGUGGAACUUCAAGGAAAAGGAACUCCAAAGGGUUUGGGCUACAAUCGCUGAUGGAGUGUACUCUUCCUCAAGGUCCAAGGCAGCUCAGAUCAGGAGCCCAGUCUUGAGAUAUGUGCACAAGGCACUUGCCAACACCUUCUUUGCAAGGAAGGCAACCGGGACAAUCAACGAGGGGGAACUCAAGUUUCUUGACAUGGGAAUCAAGCCCUUCUCUCACGCACAAGCGAUGGCAAGAGGAUCAGGGGAGAUAGAUCUGACACAGGGAACUUGA